AGACGUUCGGAAAGUAAAACUCUUCUAAUAUUCAGCCUUUUAGCAUUCGACAAGGUUUUUAAUUUUCUGAUUCUUUAUGCAUCAGUUCCUCUUCUCGGCUCGACGGCUCCUUAUUUUUCAGAUUUAGACGCUCAUAACCAAAUCCAAAGGAAUGUCAUCGUCAGCGAAUUCUCCCUGCGCGGCUUGUAAGAUGCAGCGGCGGAAAUGCACACAGGAUUGCGUUUUUGCGCCAUAUUUCCCACCGGACCAGCCGCAGAAGUUCGCCAAUAUCCACAAGGUCUUCGGCGCCAGUAACGUCUCCAAAAUUCUCAACGAACUCAACGCCGCUCAGCGCGAAGACGCCGUCAACUCGCUCGCGUACGAGGCGGAGUAUCGACUGCGAGAUCCGGUUUACGGUUGCGUCGGACUAGUAUCUGUUCUCCAGCACCGGCUCAAACAGACGCUGCGAGAUUUGAGCAGUGCCAAGAGGGAACUGGCAACUUACAUCGGCCCGAAUGCUCUCGCCCCGCUUUUCCCACAACCCGGGUUUGUACCGAAUAAUAAUCACAAUCAUUAUCAUAAUCCGUCUACUUCCGGCGCCGGAGUGAUUUCACCGUAUAACAUGCACCAGCAGAUGAUCAUCCACGAUCCACAUCCUGGCCAGCAUCAGCAGUUACUAGAAUCUCAUCAUCCGUUGAUGAUCGGGGAGCCGACCGACAUGUUCCGGGCUUACGAUCAGCAACAACCGCAGCAGCUCGAGCUCAUGGGGCUUAAUAAUGGAGGAUUCGAAUCUGGUGGGCCGGUCACAGCCACCGGAUAUCAUCAGUCGACUGCUCCGACGGCGGCUAUGUCGCCUUCCUUGGCUUUGGGAGCAUACCCUAAUGCUUGUUAUCCGUUCCAGGAGGACCAAUCUCAUCCGCAUGACCAUCCACAGAUUGUUCAUCAGCUUGAGCCACAACAGCUAAUGCUUCAACAAGAACCGCACCAGAAUCCAGAGACCCAAAGCGAGGAGGAAGGUCAGAGCGCUGGUCAUCCUUCCUGCUAACGUCUUGUCAAAGCUCCAAUCCCUUGCUGUCUAUGUGAUUCAUUCAUUCCACAGUUUCCUGCCUAGGUAAUGCCUGAUCUGUCUAUCUAGAAUUUGUCUUGUGUUUUCGUAUUUAAUAAAGCAUUUAAGUCUGUUAUGAACUACGGAGUAUAUGGCACUCCAUAAAGAAAUUCAAUGGAGUUCAAUUCUUCAAUCUAUAUCUAAAUUUUACUUUUAGAUUCUCUUACCAUGUAAUUAAUUAAAGGGAGAUUGCCCAAAAUAGGGGCAAAUGAGAUUUAGAAUUCCAAAAUAGGACUAGUA